UGUGGAUCACACACCAUCAUCCAUCCUUUACAUUACUAGAGCACAAGCACGAGAACUAAGAAAGGUUUAUUUAACAGAAAUCCACCAUGAAGAUCUUAAUCAUCCUUAUAAUCCUUGCCAUGGCGACUUCCUUCGCCACCUCUGAGAUGCAAGUCAACCCUAGUGUCCAAGUACAACCGACACAACAACAAACACAUCCCGAGUCUCAACAACCAUUCAUCCAUCAUUCACAACAGCAAUUUCCCCAGCCACAACAAUCAUUCCCUCAGCAACCACAACAGCCAUUUCCUCAAUCUCAACAGCCAUGCCUGCAGCAACCACAACACCAAUUUCCCCAACCGUCACAACCAUUCCCCCGGCAACCACUACAACCGUUUCCCCGCCCCUUCCUGCCAUUCCCCGAGCAACCACUCCCUCAACCACCACAAGAAUCAUUCCCCCAACCCCCACAAUCAUACCCUCAACCACCGUUACAACCUUUUCCUCAGCCACCACAAGAAUCAUUCCCCCAACCCCCACAAUCAUACCCUCAGCCACUGUUACAACCUUUUCCUCAGCCCCCGCAACAACAAUAUCCUGAGCAACCCCAACAACCAUUCCCUCGCCCCCCUCAGGAACAAUUCCCUAAUCAACCACAACAACCAUUUCCUUGGCAACAACCAUCUAUUCAACUAUAUCUCCAACAACAAUUGAAUCCAUGCAAGGAGUUUCUCUUGCAACAGUGUAGGCCUGUGUCAUUGGUAUCGUACCUCUGGUCAAAGAUCGUGCAGCAGAGCAAUUGUCAGGUGAUGCAGGAACAGUGUUGCCUGCAAUUGGCACAGAUCCCUGAACAAUACAAAUGCACAACAAUUGAUAGCAUUGUGCAUGCCAUCUUCAUGCAGCAAGGCCAAAGACAAGGCGUGCAGAUCGUGCAACAACAACCUCAGCCGCAAGAGGUGGGUCAAUGUGUGCUCGUCCAGGGUCGGGACAUCGUCCAACCGCAACAACUAGCUCAAAUGGAAGCAAUCAGAUCGUUGGUGUUGCAGUCCGUUCCGGCCAUGUGCAACUUUAAUGUCCCACCUAACUGCUCCACUAUGAGAGCACCAUUUUUCAGCUUAGUCAACGCUGGAAUGCUAUAAUAAUUAAUAGAUGGAUCAUCAUUCGUUAGCCGAUAUACCAAUAAAUGUAAUGAUGAUGAAUGAAGUGUCGUGACUAGAAAAUGGCUUUUCCAAUCAUGGAAAUAAAAGAAAAAUAAAAUUCUCAUGAAUAUUA